AUGGAAAAUUCUAGCCGCGCCCAUUCAGGCGUGCGUUCCACAAACGCAUGGAAUCAAACGCACAUAUCAGGAAAUGCCUCUGUCCACCAAGGCGAUGUUUUCCAGGUCGGGUCGGAUCUGGAAAAGGUGUGUUUAAGCCGUCUUCGGGUUGUGGACCCGCGAGACCACGGAGCGGGGAUUGAAAGGAAAAAGGGCGGCCUAUGCGAGGAGGCUUUCAAGUGGAUCCUUGACACCCGGGUUAUAAGCACCGAUAAGGCCCUCAACAAUGCCACGGCCGUCCUCCGCUCCCUAAUCUGGCUUUUCGCUGUCCAACAGCCAGACAUCAUGUCUCCCUUACUUGAGAGGUAUAAAGUGUCGGGAACUGAACUCUUCACCGAUGGAAAUUCCUUCGAUGCCCUGUCUGCAAUAUUUCAAGCAAUGCUAAAAGAUUCUAAUAUGUCACCCAUGUACUUUGCUAUCGACGCACUUGACGAGUGCGACGAAAACCAAUCCGACCUCAUUAAGAUAAUUGCAACGUCCCUCACUAUCUCCUCCAAGGUGAAGUGGCUGCUCGCGAGCCGCCCAGAAGUUGACGUCCUUGCUAAAUUAAAGACAUACGAUUUACCCGACCUAUGCAUUCCAAAAGCUCUAGUCGAACUAGAUACCGAAAGCUUGCAAGCCCCCGCGAGCGCCUAUAUCGAACACAGGCUGAAAAAACUGAAGAGGUCGUCGAAUGUCGGCAGUACCUACACAGAGGCAAUCUUGGAGACUGUCUUGAAGGAGGUCCGAGAGCGAGCGAAAGAUAACUUCCUUUGGGUUUCUCUAGUGUUUGACGACCUCGAAACCAUGCGCGGACCGUACGCCAUCAACCAAGUUCUUGGAUACCCUUCUGGAUUGUCACAGCUGUACGACCAUAGGAUGGAUAGAAUUGAGCGUAAGGAGACGGGGGGACGUCUUGUCAACCGUGUUACUUGCAUAUCGCCCGUUGUCUCUUGA